GACGUAUUUUGCAGGCGUCCGUUUCUUGCGACACACAGUUCGCCAUGGCGCCGGUAAGGCCGGCGGCGAGGUGGCCGUUUGAUGGUGUUGGAACGCCUGGCGAAGGGGUUUCUCCAGUUGGUUUCAGGAAAAAGAACGGGAAACAGAGAACCUGGUGGCCCAGUCAUACGCAGGGCUUCGCGGGGAGCGUUCGCCAGGGGCAAGGCUUUGCAUUUAGAAGAAAACUGAAGAUUCAGCAAAAUUACAAGAAGUUGCAACGGAGGGAAAAGAAGGCUCAGACAUCGCAAGAAUCCCAGUUCACAGAUCGAUACCCAGAUCAUUUGAAACAUCUCUAUUUAGCUGAAGAGGAAAGGCUAAAGAAGCAACUAAGAAAAGCUAACCGACCUCUGUCAGAAAAGCAAGCUGAUCAGCCUUUGCCUGAAGAACAGUAUAGCACUGACCAGGCCUUGCCUGAAGAUCCGAGUACUGUCCACCUGCCUGAGCCGGAAGAACAGCGUACCAGAACAGUAGACUCCAUUACUGUUCCAAAGAAAAAUAAAAAGAAAACAUCAAAUCAGAAAGCACAAGAAGAAUAUGAACAGAUACAAGCUGUGCGUGCCGCUAAGAAACAAGAAUUUGAGAGGAGAAAACAAGAGAGAGAAGCAGCUCAAAGGCUCUACAAAAAGAAGAAAAUGGAAGUCUUCAAAAUAUUGAGCAAAAAGACUAAAAAGGGCCAACCAAACUUGAAUUUACAAAUGGAAUAUCUUCUUCAAAAAAUACAAGAAAAAAAUUAAAUCACACCUUUGUCCUUAGGGAUUAAAAUAUUUACUGACUGUCCAUUCGAUUAUUUUGUGUAACAAGUGCCUCCUGACAACUAAAUUUGUUCAUAAACUGGAUUGCUGACAUAGACUAUGUAUAAAGUAUAUGUUUUAUAUAUUUUGUUUAUAUUCCACAUAACAGGACUUGUGUCUUACUUAUUUGCAUCUAAAGGCAGAUAAACUGAAGAACUGAUAAAACCCGUUUUGGAGACAAGAUUCAAGCACAUAUCUACUUUUGUACAUGUGAAAUAAAUUGUAUUAGGAAAUGAAAUGUUUCAAUUUAGUGAUUAGCUCUGUAUUUUUACAAUUUAAUCAUGUGAAAUAAGUGCUCCCCUUGAUCUUUUUAAUUAUUUUAAACUAAGUACAUGUGACAGGCAAAUGGAUUUUGCACAUUGCUGAGAAAAUAGCUAGUUGCUGAAGUAAUCUAUUCCCACUGUAUAACAAGGGGGCCUUCAUUAAGCAGUGUGGUGCAAAAAUUCCCAGAGUUUGGGGCUGGCGCUGUGACAUGGUAGGUUAAACCACUGCCUGCAGCACCGGCACCUGAUAUGCGCGCCAGUUCAUGUCCUGGCUGCUCCACUUCUGAGCCAGCUCCCUGCUAACGUACCUGGGAGAAUAUUGGAAAAUGGUUCAAGUUUAUGGGCUCCUGCACUGACAUCAGAGACCCAGAUGAAGCUCCUGGCUUUGGCCUAGCCCAGCCCCAGCUGAUGCGGUUAUUUAGGGGAGUUAACCAGCAGAAGGAAGAUAACUAUCUUUCUGUCUCUCCCUCUGUAAUUCUGACUUACAAAUAAAUAAUAUCUU